AUGAUUCGACAGAAAUUUCCGCGCAGGCGGAAAAUUCGGAGCAAGCUUCAGCUGGCUAACAGCCAGUUAGAUUAUUUGAGGCAGGAGUGGAAAUCCGGCGAGCUCCAUCCAGGCAGCCCAGAUAUCGAUGCCCUGGUCGAAUUUUCCUGCAUAAGGGAUGUCUCCGCUUCCUUCAACCUAGCCCGGAAGAGCAGCCUCCCGAAGAAACAUCGAUGGGGUAAGGGACCUACACAGGUUGCCGAGGCCGCUGGUUUUCGGGACGCAGCCGAGCCAAUCAUUAAACAAAUUGAAGAUUGGGCCGAUGUUAGACUCCCCAAAAGGGAAGACUGCCCGUUUAUCGGUCUCGAGGACUGGAUGCCGGAGGACUGGUGUUGGCUUUCGUACUACAAGUUCUUUAUACUGCGGCGCGACAGAAUGACCUGUUACUGCAACCGCGCCCACCCGACCGUCGACGACGCCAUCACCCUUUUCAUCGAAUGCAUCCUACAGGUUAUCAUUAGGGUAAUGGACUGCGGCAGCGACGACAUCAAGAAAAAGCUCCAAAACAAGCACAAAAAGUUCCUCUGCUUGCCAAUUAAUAUCGUUAAAGGGAGUCCCCUGUGCCUAUCCAUCGGCCACCGGCAUUACGGCCAGCAGAUGAAAACUGGAUGGACAAUGGGAAGCCUAAGCCUCAAGGACAGGCUGGAUAAAAACAACGAUAACAACAUUUGCAUAAAAAUACAUUUUUCGAAUUUUUUUAAAUUUUUUUUUUUUGAAAAAUACAUUAACGAUAUACAAUCGGUUAUUCCAAUAGCUAAUAUGUUUAAUUCAUUUUUUAAUUCAAAUAUAAAAUCUAAUUUAUAUAAUUAA